GCUUGGCCUCAUGAUCUUCCUGGCCUUUGCCCCGACAGUCUUGAUCAACAUCUUCUCCAUGCUCUUCAACUUCAAGUCAGAGGUGUGGAACCAGCGAGAGCUGCAGAACUGGUAUUUCUGGUUCCUGGUCUUCUUCGUGAUCAUGGUCACUGUUGUAGGGCAGGAUUUCGUGACCUUCGUCUCUGACGUGGCCAAAGAUCCCAUGAGCUUCCCCCUGCUCCUGGCAGAUAAGAUGCCAUCUUCCACGCAUUACUACCUCAACUUUCUGGGCCUCCAGUGGGUGAGCCAUGCCAUGAACUUGACAAGGUACAUUCAAGUGAGCAAGUUCGUGGCCUUCUCCAAGGUCUGGAAUGAAGAUGAUGCGCGAAAGCUUUCUGAGCCUGAGGAUCAGGAUUACUACGGCAUGGGCUCCAGGAGCGCGCGGUUCACGACCAACCUGCUCAUCGCCAUCAUCUUCGGUACAAUCUCGCCGUUGAUGAACGUCAUGGCAUGG